ACCCAGGUCUAAGUGACCUGGCAACGCUGUAUAUGUUUAAUUGAUUUGUCACUUGUCAUUGUCAAUCUAAUAUCCAUGGUGGUUUAUUUUCCAUAAGGAUAAUCAUUAUUUAUCUGAUGUUUAUUGGAUUUAUUGUGAAAAGAAAAAAUGUCGAAGGAUACUCAUAUAGAUCGUGAUUUAGAUUUAUCGAAUGCCAAUAGAGGUGUUUGGCUUGUAAAGGUACCAAAAUAUGUGGCAGAACGAUGGGAAAAGGCAACUGGCGAUAUGGAGGUUGGAAAACUAAAGAUUGCAAAGCCUAUAGGACAAAAAGCUCAAGUUUCAUUAACCCUUUCAUCUGCCAUCCUAAAUUUGAAUGAACCAGGACAAGAAAGUAUCCCCAAAAACCACAGACUAGAUGUUUCUACAGUUACACAACAAACUUUGGGCGUUUUUUCUCAUGUUCAACCUCUGAACAGUGAUGCUUUAAUACCAGAGACAGAAAAAUUGCAUAUGGAAGGGAAAAUAGUGCAAAAAUUGGAAUGUAGACCAUAUGCUGAUACUUGCUAUAUGAAAUUGAAGCUGGAAUCGAUUAGGAAAGCUUCUUUACCAACUAGGCAGGUUAAACAAUUGGACAGAGUGGUGCAAACAUAUAAACCUGUAUCAGAUCAUAAAAAUAAUAUUGAAUACAUGGAAAGGAAGAAAGCUGAAGGCAAAAAGGCACGUGAUGACAAAGAUGCAGUUUUGGAAAUGUUAUUUGCUGCUUUUGAAAAACACCAGUAUUACAAUAUCAAGGACUUGGUUAAAAUUACAAAGCAACCUAUUACAUACUUAAAAGAGAUCUUGAAAGAAGUGUGUAAUUAUAAUUUAAAGAAUCCUCAUAAAAAUAUGUGGGAACUCAAACCUGAAUAUAGACAUUAUAAACAAGACACUGAAGCUGGUAAAAAAGAUGACUCAGAUGAUGAUUGAAAUUUUAUGUUCAGUAGACCUUACAUUGUAUUUAUUCUAAAGUAAAAACAGUAACAUUUCUACUAGAAUUAAGU